GGGCUGGUGGGGCCGGGCCGGGGGCGGGGCGAAGCAGCCAGAGUCACCCGGGCCCGGCAGCGCCCGGCUCAGCAUCGCCCGGAGCCGCCAUGGAGCCGGCAGCAUCGGAGGAGUGCAGCAGGUACACCUACGAGCAGCACAAGGAAACAGCCGACUGGCUGUUGGAUCACACCACACACCGGCCCAGCUUGGCCAUUAUCUGUGGCUCUGGCCUCGGGGGCCUGGCUGACCAGGUGAAGGAUCCAGUGGUUUUUAACUACACGGAUAUUCCCAACUUCCCCCAGAGCACAGUGGUGGGCCAUGCGGGGAAGCUGGUGUUCGGGACGCUGGCGGGCGUAAGCUGUGUGGUGAUGAAGGGCCGGUUCCACAUGUAUGAGGGGUACCCGCUGUGGAAGGUGACGUUCCCGGUGCGGAUCUUCCAUCUGCUGGGUGCACGGACCCUGAUUGUCACCAACGCGGCCGGCGGCCUCAACCGCGGGUAUCAGGUGGGUGACAUCAUGGUGAUCCGGGACCAUAUCAACAUGCCUGGCCUGGCUGGCAUCAACCCACUGAGCGGCCCUUGUGACGAGAGGUUCGGGCCCCGCUUCCCUGCCAUGUCAGACGCCUACGACGAGCAGCUGCGGGGCCUUGCGCUGGCAGUGGGCAAGGAGCUGGGCUAUGGCCCCAGCUUGCACGAGGGCGUCUACUGCACCUUGGGGGGGCCGAACUACGAGACCAUCGCUGAGUGCCGCUUCCUGCAGCAGCUGGGAGCCGACGCCGUAGGGAUGAGCACGGUGCCCGAGGUGCUUGUGGCCCGACACUGCGGCCUGCGCGUCUUCGGCUUCUCUCUGAUCACCAACAAGUCGGUGCUGGAGUACGGGACCCGGGAGAAGGCCAACCAUGCCGAGGUGCUGGAGGCCGGGCGCCAGGCCGCUCUCAAGCUGGAGCGCCUGGUCUCUGUGCUGCUGGAGCGCAUGAAGGGCAAAGGUCUGGUGUAGCCAGCGCGGGGGUUCUCUCCCCUGGCACCUGCCUCCAAUGCAAACUGCUGCCCUGCCCCUUCCCCUGCGGCUCACUCUGCUAGCCUGCCCCCCACUCUUGGUUUUGUGGCCGUUGCUCCUGGCUCCCAAGUGUGCUGAUCUCAGCCCAGAGCCCCCUCCGGCAGCCUCUGACUUCCAUCCUUUCCCUAAUGAGGGGUUGGUGUCCGAGGCUGGCAUCCUGUGGCGCUCGCGGUGCUGCCGCUGGAGUCCUGCAGACCAUGGGAUUCCUGCCCAAGCCCCUGUCUCAGCUCCAACCCCCACUAAUGCCCCCUUCCAGGGGUGCAGCCUGGGAUGCUUCCCCUGAAAGCAGCUGCCUCGAUCGCUGGCACUACCGGGGAUUGUCACCUAGCCGGUGACGCCACAGAAGACUCUGCGUUCCGGCCCAUAGGACUGCUGCUCCUAAAUCCCCUGGGCAAUUUGCCUAAGCCUGUGCCGCCCGCUCACAGGUGAGGAGAAACAUUUUGGGGGUUGUUAUCCAAACCCCCUUACUGGGGAAGGGAUCAACUCUUGGCUCAAUGCCAAGGAGGUGGGGACAGCAGCCCAACCCUGUCUGGGCACUAGGCCGUGUUCGGUGCAGGUGAGAGCCGGCCCUCUCUUCACAUUCCCACGUUGGACCAUUCCGGCUCUUCUGCAGUGGUAUAUUUUGUUACCAAUGCUCAGUUUGCAGCUGGGAUGAUUCAGAGCUGCCACAGCAAUGGGGAGCCCCCAAUGAACUGGGGGUUUGGCUCCCCCAAUACCAGGCAGCUCUGCCCCUCGCAAUCCUGCUGGAUUUUAUCAUAGGACCACUCCACCGCUGCGUUCUGUCAGUUGCGCGCAUUGCUAACAAUACAACAAUGACAGAACAAGAGA